UCCGUAGCCGAGCCGCACAUGACCAGGAAACAGGGAAGUGUUGUCUCAAACAGAAACAGGGCCGAGUCUGUUCCUUGUUUUUAGUCGUAGACGACUCACUGACAACAUUUCACGCACUUAUAAGGCACAUAGCUGACGGAAGAGACGGACAGCUCCAGUAGUGUAUGAUUAAAUCAUGAAAAUGGGCUCAAAUCGCUCGUGUUCGCUUACUUUAUUGAAUUAUCUCCUAAUCUGCGUCACAUUGUGGAGCGGCGUGUUUGCCAAAUCAUACCGGAGACCAAACAUUGUUUUGAUCCUCACAGACGACUUGGACAUCGCUAUAGGGGGUCUGAGUCCACUCAGCAAGACGAAAAAACUAAUUGGUGAUGCAGGGAUAUCAUUCACAAACGCAUUUGUUGCCAGCCCGCUGUGCUGCCCCAGUCGAGCCAGCAUCCUGACGGGGAAAUAUCCCCACAACCACCACGUCAUCAACAACACGUUAGAGGGAAACUGCAGUAGCAAAGCCUGGCAGAAGAGUCAGGAAGCCCACACCUUCCCCGCCCUGCUGAGGACGUACGGCGGCUACCAGACCUUCUUCGCUGGGAAAUAUCUUAACCAGUAUGGGCACUCGGAGGCUGGUGGAGUGGAACAUGUUCCUCCAGGCUGGAACUACUGGGUCGGACUGGAGAAAAACUCUAAAUACUACAACUACACUCUGUCAGUGAAUGGAAACGCCCAGAAACAUGGAGCCGACUACAGCAAAGACUACCUGACAGACGUCCUGGCCAACAUGUCUCUGGACUUCCUCCAGUAUAAAUCCAACUACCAGCCGUUCUUCAUGAUGGUGUCCACCCCGGCCCCCCACUCCCCGUGGACUGCAGCUCCUCAGUACCAGGACAGCUUCAACAACACCAAGGCUCCCAGAGACCCCAACUUUAACGUCCACGGGAAGGACAAACACUGGUUGAUCAGACAGGCUAAAACCCCCAUGACCAAUUCCUCUGUUCAGUUUCUGGAUGAUGCUUUCAGAAAACGGUGGCGAACUUUACUGUCAGUGGACGACCUGGUGGAGAAAAUAGUGAAGAGCUUGGAGGUCAGAGGUGAACUGGACAAUACCUACAUCUUCUUUACCUCUGACAAUGGGUACCACACAGGUCAGUUCUCUCUUCCUCUGGAUAAGAGGCAGCUCUACGAGUUUGACAUCAGAGUUCCUCUCAUGGUCAGAGGACCAAAUAUCAAGCCCAACCAGACCAGCCAGAUGCUGGUGGCGAACGUCGACCUCGGCCCGACCAUGCUGGACAUCGCUGGCUACGACGUCAACAAGACGCAGAUGGACGGCAUGUCCUUCCUGCCCAUUAUGGAGGGGAAGAUGAACAGCAGCAGCUGGAGAACAGACAUCCUGGUGGAGUAUGAAGGAGAGGGAAGCAACGUGUCCGACCCCGCCUGCCCUCUGCUGGGACCAGGAGUGUCGGAGUGUUUCCCAGACUGUGUGUGUGAGGACUCGUAUAACAACACCUACGCGUGUGUGCGCACAGUCGCCCCCUCUGCCAACCUGCAGUACUGCGAGUUUGACGACAAUGAGGUGUUUGUAGAAGUCUACAACGUGACAGCAGACCCCUACCAGCUGACCAACAUCGCAAAGACCAUCGAGCAGGAAGUCCUGGAGAAGAUGAACCAUCGGCUGAUGAUGCUGCAGUCCUGCUCCGGACAGUCGUGUCGGACACCCGGCGUAUACGAUCCAAGGUAUAAAUUUGACCCACGACAGAUGUUUACCCACCACAGCUGGCAGAUCAGCAGACUGAGACAGAAGAUGAAAUAAGAAGAACAGAUGAAGGACGAAGGAGAAGAUGGACAGAGGAAGAAGGGCUGUAUUGUAUUUUGUAUUCAGCCUUGUUUUCAGGUCUCCUGAGGCAGUCUCUUUUGUAGAUUGGAUGGAGAAGGGAUCAGGUGCGGUCAUAUUUUGGGGAAUAGGUUGGUUGCCAUAGAGACAGGAGGCCUCUCUCAGUGCAGGACCCACCUUUAAAGCUUCCAGUUUGGGCUGCUGCUUAGUGAGUUUGUCAGUAGGUGUGUGCAGGGAAGCCAAAUUAUUCAGGAUGGAUUUACACUCGCAAGCCAUUAAUUCACUUUUUUUUUUAUUUCUUAUAAAUGUCUGUUCAGUCAGUCGUUUCAAUUUAAACUCCUGGCAACAAGUGACGGAAAUUUGACCCAAUUCUUAGAAAUUCAUGUCUGUUUUUCAUAUCAGUGAUCCCAACAGAAGCCAGUUCACGGAAGCUUUUCCAUUUACUUGUCUGAAUACACGGUGCCGGGUUGGUUGGUUCUUUUUGGUGCAUUCGGAUUGUCCUCAAGAAUUUGUCAGAAGGUGAAAAUUUCGAUGAUCAUCACCAACAAGUCGCACUCAGAUGGUUGAGAAAGCGAUAAAUAUGAGUGAUAAACUUCCAGGAUACGCAAGUUUAGAACUUAACAUUUACUGUAACCUGGUUUCCAUCCAAAUGCAGCGCAAAUUUUAACCAAAUUUAUGCACGUUUCCAUCCACUACUGUUAUGCGAAUAUUGGGAGCUGGUUCAUUGAGUAACAAACGAGAAUAAAAAGGAAGAAUCACAUGACUGAAAAUUUAACAAAAUGCCACAUUUAGAUAGAAACAGGAAUUACAAACUUAACUAGUAAAAUGAUGUCAGAUCCUUAGCAAGCAGUGGCAAAAAAGGUCUCUUCAAAUGUAUUCCAACCAUGAUUAGAGAACAUUUUAGGAAAAAGCAACUUGUGACUAAAAAUAAUAGGAACUGAUUUUUAAGAAUUGUUAGUGGCAUCAGUGAAAGUUAAAUUUACAAAUCUGAUUAAACGGAUUAUUACUAACGCUGCAGACAGACUCCGAUAAACAUCGCAGACAUGAGAAGUGUCUCCUACAGUGUUUCCAGCAUCAUUUCAGUGAUUUUAUCUCGACUGGAGUAGUUUAAAGCACCUUUUCAUUCACAAAUUUCUAAUUAAUCGUCACUUUGUUUUUACACUUGUAUUUUUGUGUCAUCAUCGAUUUCCUAUUUGGAUUUUAAUUCUUCACUUGAUGUACAUUUGAUUACAUUCAUAGUGAGUUUAUUUGAAUGCACAGAAAAAACAUUUCUAUGUUGGGGAAAAUUUGACAACUUACAUCAAAUAUUUCACUAAUAAUCUCAUGUUUUGUUGCAUUUCACUGAGCCAAAUCUGAAACAUUGGUUUGACACAGGGAUUAACUUCUUGAUGGGAGGGAGGAAGCAGUCAUUUUAGAGAGAUAGAAGAUAUAUCUUGCCAAAAAAAAAGGCCAUUUAGAUCAGUUAUGUUAUCCUUUUGGAUGUGAGAACUUUUUAAAGGCCAAUUAAAUAGUAAUCAGAGAACAUGUAAUAAUAACUGAAAUAGAAUAAUCUAUAUUUGAUAUUUUUCAAUACGACGACCUUCUCCUUCAAACUGUAAGGGAACUGAUUUGUUGUUCAUCUUUAUGCCAUAAACUAAAAUCGAAACAACAAUUUCUUUAAAUCCUUUUGUGGGCCUGCCUUGAAAUUUCUGUCACUGCUGAAACACAGAAAUCUCCAUUUAAUUUCAAAUAGAUUUUCAAAAGGCUGAUAUAUUUUAGAUCAAAGCUGCCUACAGCCAGUAUUUUGUGGUGAAACAUUUAUUUUUAAAUUAAGAUAAAAUGUUUUCGGAUCAAUACCCAACCAAAGAUCUGAUUAGGAGACUUUUGAGGGUAAUUCCUGAGUAUUAAAUAACGUUCAGAAAGUCUGUCUGUCGCGGUAUAUCUGCAUUCAUUUGUAGUAAAAGACGGAAUCUUUUUUGUGUGGUAAUUUCGAUUGUGAAUUAUUUUCUUACUGACAAGCAAGCAGACGAACCGGCUGUUAAUUGUGAAUCAAUGAUUGUCCAUUUGUUCCGCUGCUACUUUAUCGUUGUUGUCCUUGGAUAAAAUCGCUCAUACAGCUCUUUCUUCCUCUGUAGUCAGUUGGUUCUGAGUCACAACUGGACUGAAGUUAAGUUACAUGUGAACACUGAGAAAUAAAGUCCUGUGAAAGUCUUGUGGAAAACCAGAGACCACAGGACUCAACGUACACUGAUUAUUUUUCCUCUUGAAAGCGAUCGCUUUGUUUCAAUUCACUGAUGCACUUUCCGAACUAUUGUUUUUGAUGAUGUAUUUUAGGCUUGUGUUUUUGUCCUAAUAAUAAUAAAGAGAAUCUCAAUAUUA